CAAUCAACCACGCCGAGGUGCGAUGGGAAUCCCCCGGCUGGUUCUUUGCAGCAGAUCACUCUAGUUUUCUGGAUUUCUGGACUUCUUUGGUCAUGUCUCAUUUUCUCUUUCUUCCAUGCGCUUUGGGCCUCCUCACUUAUUCUUCUUUUCUUCUCGCUGGACAAGCCUGAUCUCUGACCCUUAUUAUCCACCGCUGUAACAUUUAACAAUUUCCAUCGUGGUUCUGGCGCGCUACGUUGACUCUCCCGUCUCUCCCCCCCCGCUCACGAUCAAGGCCCCAGUUAUUCCGCACCGCUAGACCUCCAGGUGAGGGAAAUUAGCAUUCGACUCUUACUUAAUAUUAGGCGAUAUCGGUCUUGCGCUGGACGAUAUUCACAGUGACUGAUAUUGUCCUCACCAUCAAUCUCCUCUCCUAUCCAAAAUAACGGCACAUUGCCUCAUCUCCUCUACACAGAAUGGCCGGUCAAACAAAACCCGCGCUCUCGCCGUGGGGCAGCGCCGUCGCAGGUGCUACGGGUGCCGUGCUUGCAAACGCAAUGGUCUACCCUCUUGAUCUUGUGAAAACCAAACUUCAAGUGCAAGUGAAACAAGCGGACGAGACGAAGAAAGAAAGCUCCGAUGAGACGGUACACUACAAAUCGACUCUGGAUGCCAUCAACAGGAUCGUGGAGAAGGAGGGUAUCGAAGGUCUAUAUUCCGGUAUCACGGGGGCUUUGAUCGGUGUUGCAUCUACCAACUUCGCCUAUUUCUACUGGUACACCAUUGUGCGAUCGCUCUACAUGGCAUCCAACAAGGUACCUAAGCCUCCUGGUACUGCAAUUGAGCUCUCGCUGGGCGCUGUCGCCGGCGCUGUCGCCCAGAUCUUCACUAUCCCGGUAUCUGUCAUUACUACAAGGCAACAGACGCAAGACAAGAGCGAGCGCAGAGGCCUGAUCGAAACGGGGAGAGAGAUUGUGGACAGUGAGGACGGCUGGACUGGUUUGUGGCGAGGACUCAAGGCUAGUCUGAUCCUCGUUGUCAACCCCGCGAUCACAUACGGGGCAUAUCAGCGGUUGAAGGAUGUCCUGUUUCCUGGAAAGACCAACCUAAAGCCCUGGGAGGCAUUUCUCCUUGGUGCCCUUUCUAAGUCUUUGGCCACGCUUGCGACGCAGCCUUUGAUCGUGGCCAAGGUCGGCCUUCAGUCGCGGCCGCCCCCCGGCCGUGAAGGCAAACCCUUCAAGACCUUCAGCGAGGUCAUGCGGUACAUUAUAAAAAAUGAAGGAGCGCUGUCUCUCUUCAAGGGCAUCGGACCUCAGAUCACUAAGGGCCUCCUCGUGCAGGGUCUAUUGAUGAUGACGAAAGAACGUGUUGAACUCAUAUUCGUCCUUCUGUUCGCCUAUCUGCGCAAACUCCGGGCGCAGAAGCUCAAGAAGGUAGUGGACUCCGCAACAUCGACAGCCAAGACCAGUCUGCCAGUUACCUUGAAAUGAUUUCUAUCACUUCUUCUUAAUUCCUCAGAUCCAUAUAUGCUCUUUACUAUCUUCACCCUAUAACAGACAUGUCCCUAGACUUCACUACAUUCUUUUGACCCUCGAUUUGACGAACUUGAACUUGGUUACAUUCAUGCUUUGACAAUUCAUAUACCGAGCACGCCCACUAUUAUCAAAUAGCUGGCAUUGUGCAACAUUGAUCAUGAUGUAUAUGCUGGUAUCUCCAUAGAACCAUUACAAUAUGCAGAGAUUC